AUUUUGUUUUUCUGCUUGUUGAUUUAGGGAUUGUUUUUGUUUUUAUUUAAUUGUUCUGUCAUUACAAUAUUUCACAUGCAAUUUCAAUUCUAAUUGGACUGAUUCAUAAUUUCAAUUCUAAUUAUAAUUUAAUUCCAUAAUCUAUUUUAAUUGGAUAGAUUCAUAGCAAGUAGAGAAACAGACUUGAGCAUAAGAAAAUGCAAGAUCUUGUAUUUGUUAAGUAUAAUCAAGCUCUUAAAGCUCGAUAUAAUAGCAAGGAUGAAAUUGAUCCAAUCUCCCUUGACUGUAUUGAUGAUAGUAAUGAAUGGUUGAUUGGAAAAAUGGGUGGUGACCAAGAUGAUGCUGAAAAUGAAUUUGUUUUUGGUGAUGAUGACUUGACUUGGGGAGAGGUAGCUAGAGCUUUUGGUGCUGAAGAGCCUAGAAAAUAUACUAGAAGAAUUUGUUGUAGACAAUCAGCACUAAAACCUUCAAGUUCUAAAGGAAAAGUUGUUGUACAAGAAAUUGAAGAAGAAGAGGCUGAUACAGAGGAAUCAAAGGAAGAGAUUGAGGAUUAUCACUCAAGUGAUAGAGAUGACAACAGUGAUGAUGAUGAGAUGAAUGUAGUUGAUGAGGAUGACAUAGAUGCAGAUGAUUUAUCUUAGAUUUUGGAAUGAUAUUAUGUUGUUUUUGACUUUCUGCACUAUUUUAAUUUCUUGACUAUUAUGCUUACAUGCACUGCUAGUUUUCUAUUCUGAAUUUCUGAUAAUUGAUGUUAUGAACUUUAAAAUCUGUUUUAUUAAUAUAUCAUGUUUUGAGUA